GCGAGUGAGAGAGGCUUGAGGCAAAGAAAGGCGUCCGCGGGCGGGUAUGACGUCACAUCUGGAGUUCAGGACAUCCCUGUAUGCCCUGCCCCGGACAACGACUUGGUGCUUUUACCUCAGACGAGUCGCAGGCUCGGGGUCCACAGACCUGAAGCCCCAGGCCGGUUCCUGAGGCGGCUCAGCCAUCUACCUCUCCCGGCUCCAGACGACACCUGACCCCGUCGGGACUCCACGCGGCUGAUAUCGGACUCCAGGAGCAGGCUGCGCUUUCCAGCUCAAGGCUGGGAUGGUGACAGUUACACUGGAGCCGGAGGGCCGCUGCCCCUGGGACAAGCCGGUGCGCAUCGCCGUGUGCGGCCUGGCCCCGGGGCAGCGGGUCACGCUGCGCGCGUCCCUGCGCGACGAGAAGGGCGCGCUCUUCCGGGCCCACGCGCGCUACUGCGCCGACGCCCACGGCGGGCUGGACCUGGAGCGCGCGCCCGCGCUGGGCGGCAGCUUCGCGGGGCUCGAGCCCAUGGGGCUCUUUUGGGCUCUGGAGCCUGAGAAGCCUUUUUGGCGGUUUCUGAAGCGGGACGUGCAGACACCCUUCGCAGUGGAGCUGGAGGUGCUCGACGGCCACGAGCCCGACACCGAGCGGCUCCUGGGCCGGGCGGUGCACGAGCGCGACUUCCUGCCGCCCGGGGUGCGGCGCGAGCCGGUGCGCGCGGGCCGGGUGCGCGCCACGCUCUUCCUGCCGCCAGGACCUGGACCUUUCCCAGGGAUCAUUGACAUCUUUGGUAUUGGAGGAGGCCUUUUGGAGUAUCGGGCCAGCCUUCUGGCUGGUCAUGGCUUUGCCACGUUGGCUCUAGCUUAUUAUGACUUUGAAGAUCUCCCCAAGAAAUUUGACACCAUACACCUCGAUUACUUUGAAGAAGCCCUGUGCUACAUGCUUCAACACACCCAGGUAAAGGGCCCAGGCAUUGGGCUUCUGGGCAUUUCUUUAGGGGCUGAUAUUUGCCUCUCCAUGGCCUCAUUUUUGAAGAACAUCUCAGCCACAGUCUCCAUCAAUGGAUCUGCGUUGAGUGGAGACAAAGCCAUAUACUAUAAGGAGAAUAGCAUCCCGCCAUUGGGCCAUGACCUGAGGAGAAUGAAGUUCUGGAGACUGGGAAGUCCAAGAUCAAGGUUCCAGCAGGUCCAGUUCCUGGUGAGGGCCUCUUCCUGGCUUACAGACACCUGCCAUCUUCUUGUGUCCUCAACUGGCAGAGAGAGGAAGCUCUGGUUUCUCUUCCUCUUUUCAUCGGACACCAAUCCCAUCAUGGGGGGGUCUCACUCAUGACCUCUUUUAAACCUAACUACCUCCCAAAGGCCCUACCUUCAGUUACCAUCACAUUAGGGUCUCAGAUUUCAACAUAUGAAUGUUGAAGGGACACAUCCGUUCAUAACAACCGUACACCUCAAGCAACUUAAAUACAAAGAAAACCAUAUUUAACACAUCACAGAAAAAUUCUUUGUGGCAGUUUUAUAACUUAAUUACAAAUUCUUUGACAUUUCUGGCUAGAAACAUACACUAUGCCAAGACUAAAUAAGAAAGAAAAAGACAACUUGAACAGACUAAACACUGGCAGUGAAAUUGAGUUUGUAAUUUAAAAAACCAACCUCCCAGCAAACAAAAGUCCAGGACCAGAUGGCUUCACAGGGGAAUUCUACCAAACAUGUAAAGAUCAGUUGAUACCUAUCCUUCUCAAACUAUUCAAAAAAAAUUGAAGAGGAUGCGAUAAUCCCAAAAUCAUUCUACAAGGCCACCACUACCCUGAAUCCAAAACUAGGCAAUGAUGGUAUGAAAAAAGAAAUUACAGACCAAUAUCUUAGAUGACUAUAGAUGCAAAAAUUGUCAACAAAAUGUUAGCAAACUGAAUCCAAAAAUUUAUAAAAAUGAUCAUACACCACAGUAAAUGGGAUUUAUUUCAGGCCUAACAGGAUGGUUCAAUAUUCACAAAUCAUCAAUGUGAUACACCACAUUGACAACAAGAAGGAUAAAAAUCACAUGAUCAUCACAAUAGAUGUAGAAAAAGCAUUUGACAAAAUCCAGUAUCCAUUCAU